CCCUUGCCAUAGUAGCCACAUCAAUCCUAACGUAUAUUACAUAAAUAUAUUUUCGAAGCUUGACUUCCUAGUCGAUCAUCCUAACCCUUUACCACCUGCGCCUCUGAACUAAUAUAUACAUACAUACAUACGUCGAGAGAGAGAGUGGAUGGACUCCGCUCUCCAAAGUUUUUGAAAGCGGAGCUGCUCCGAUCGCCGGUUCUUUGUCAUUAUUCUUUUUGCAGUUAUUCAAGUGUGAACUACCAGCUUAUCACCUAUCAUAUCGAUAAAGAUAACACAAGAAAAUUUACAAUAAUCGCGGAUCGGACGAAUUAACGCCAUGGUGCAGUACAAGACCCUGGAAAACCAGGAAUCAGAUGUGGAGAAUGCCGUUUCAACCCCCAAGGACUCGGAGCCGGAGCCGGUACGGCCGGCACCCGCCACAGCCAAUCAUCACCAGGCGGCACAGAUGAUGAUGGUGACCAUGUUUUUGCUUCUAUUCCUCGGAUCCUCGUUCUUUCAGCCGCGUCCCCGACUUCAUCAAUAUCAUGGCGGCAGGGGACAUGGAUUGGGCGAAAAGUUCGACUGUGAUAUCCAGCUGGUAGAGACCAUUCCCAUUGGACUGACCUAUCCCGCCAACAGUCCGCGAUUCCUGAGUACUUAUGAAGCCUGGCAGCAAUUGCUGGGAAACGCCAAAACUUCCCUUGAUAUUGCUUCCUUCUAUUGGACCAUGACAGCCGCGGACACGCCCGGGGAGACGGACAACAGUUCCCAGCCGGGCGAAGACAUAUUUUCUAAGCUGAUGGCUAACGGUAAUGGAGGCAGCCAAACGCCUAGGCUUCAAAUUCGUAUAGCCCAGAGCGAACCGUCCAGUGUGUCCCCCGACUCUAAUACAAAAAUGCUUUCCAGCAAUGGAGCUGCUGAGGUGGUGACCCUCUCCUUUCCCAAGUAUUUUGGCAGCGGAGUUCUUCACACCAAGUUGUGGAUCGUGGACGACCAGCACUUUUAUUUGGGAAGCGCCAAUAUGGACUGGCGAGCACUAACCCAGGUGAAGGAGAUGGGUGUGCUUGUCCAGAACUGUCCGGCAUUGACCCGCGACGUAGCAAAAAUCUUUAAAGCUUACUGGUACUUGGGUACCCACGAGGGUUCAGGUGUGCCUUCGUCAUGGGACUACGACUAUAGCACCAAUUAUAAUGUGAAAAGUCCUAUGUCCAUUAAUUUAAACAGGAACACCAGUAUGGAGGGGUAUUUAUCCAGUUCCCCACCACCUCUUUCGGCCUGGGGACGCACCCAUGACCUGGACGCCAUUCUAAACACCAUCAACACGGCCAUAACGUACAUAAACAUCGCGGUGAUGGACUACUAUCCGUUAAUUAUCUACGAGAAGAACCACCGCUACUGGCCAUUCAUAGAUGAUGCUCUACGUCGUGCGGCUGUGGAGCGUGGAGUAGUUGUCAAGCUGCUAAUCUCAUGGUGGAAGCACUCUAAUCCUAGCGAAGAUCGGUACCUCAAGUCCUUACUGGAUAUUGCCUCGAAAAAGGACAACAUUGAUAUACAAAUUCGACGCUUUAUUGUGAAUGGGACUGAGAACCAGGAAAAGAUUCCAUACGGCCGUGUCAACCACAACAAGUACAUGGUAACGGAUCGCGUCGCCUAUAUUGGCACCUCUAAUUGGAGCGGAGACUACUUCACGGACACUGCGGGCAUUGGCUUUGUGCUGAGCGAAACGCACGAGACGGAAAGCACAAAAAAUCUGAGGAGCGAUCUUCGCGAUGUGUUCGAGCGUGAUUGGAGUAGUCCCUAUGCCCAUCCAUUUGAAUAAACACCCAUUCAUAUCGUUAUUACACUCUUAAA